GUACCUAUGUGUGCAUCUAAACUGAUCUCUUGCAUUUGACUCAAUCUGCUAUACGACCGAACUUAAUCGAGCUCUGUUCGAGCGAUUCAGGAGCCACUUAAUGGCUCGGCUCAAUUACAAUCAUACUUCAGUCUUAGCCUCUUAGGUUCCCAUACGCCAUUUGAAAAUACACGCUCAAAUCUGCAAUCUUUUGCAAUGAUCUUCACCGGUUCACACUUUUGUGUUGAGUGUAAUGCAGGAAGUGCACAAUUUGAAGGACACGUCCUAAUGGAAAAUGCUUCAGAGGAACCUCUAUCUGUAACAGUAAGCUGCCAUGAAAGACUUAAUCAGCUUAUUAGUGGAGACUCACUAGACUUUGUUGCUUGGAAGGCGCUGAUAACAGAAGUCGAGACAUUUCACCCUGUUAGUUGUCUAUGCCACAGUUUGAAGCCCCACGUGCGCUGCGUAGAGACUCACUGAAAGAUUUAAGCUUGCUGCUGCCAUUAAUUUCAACCACCACAAACUGUUAUCCUGUAAACCUGUAGUUCCAUGGGACGAUUUACUUCUGGCUUGUUCUGACAGGGUGACUGCGUCAAUACCAGGGUUCGCCGCUGGACUAUAGGUGGCGGGCUCCACAGCUGCUGUGUUAUGGUAGGCUAUGCCGCGGCUGUGAAGGGCAGUGGAAGUCUUUGUAUGAUUACCAGUUUACGGUUUACCAGUGUGUUCGACAGCGCCUGCUAUCUUUUGAGUAUCUUUUGAUUACUAUUGUACCAAAUUUGAUUUUGGUCCAGUUUUAUUGGGUUUCUUGUAUUUUGGUGGUGUUAUCCAAUAUUACAAGAACGAGAACCCAUUUACAGUCCUUUGAGUGUUCAAGGAGAUUUACUUAAGCUGAAGAUGAGAUCAGGGAGUGGUAUAAUGGGGGAUAUGGUCAUCCAUACACCCGUGUGGGUUCCAAUCAGUCAAGAUGUCUUCAUCAUACCACAUGGCGCCACAAGACAUGUGUACAGGCAUGCCCAUCAACAAGAAACAGCCUUAUGCAUGGAAGACCACACAGCUUGUGGGCAGCCGUGUGCACUUACGUUUUUUACAGCGUACAAUGUUAUCAUGGGCUGCAUGAUAUGCUUUACGCCACAUAGGGAUGCAGACCCUCCUCUUUUAAAUAGCUGCCAGUUUUCUUUUAAACGGGUCAUCCUCUUGCACGUUUUCAUAGAGAAUGCCAUAGAACAUUGUAGUCUGGUGGAUUAAACUCGUUAUAACUUCCAAUUACAAUCUAUGAGCAGUAAAUCCCCCCCCCCUCGUUGUGGUUAGUAAGUAACCUUAUAAAAUAUUGUGAUGGGUAAAGUGGCAUUAAUGUAUCACUUAGGGCAUUUGUCAAAGGGAUUUGAGUGCAUUAUAAUCGUAUAACUUGUGAUGUUGUAUGUUUCGUUUAAUUCUGUUGCCAGCAUAGAAGGCUGCUAGGGCGCUUGCAUGUAUAACCUCGUAGUGAGAACUAAGGUGGUCCCUGGACACACACUCACUUGCCCACUUGCUAAGAGUUUAGCACAAUUAAAGGGACAUGCUAUGCUUGUUCUGCUGUUUGUGAUUGACAAUGAUCAAAACUACAAGAGGAUGACAUAGAUAUAAUUUCUUCAGCAUAUGACUCCCUUUUAUUGAAGUUCCCAUUGUGUCACUGGUAUUGGCAACGAUAUGCUUAUCACCAUGCACGGCUAUGCAAUGGUAAUAAGGCUGUUGAAAUCUUUGAGAAGGCAGUUGAGCUAACGCCAUUCUCUGUUGGAUUGUGGUAUGAAUAUUGCAACUUUGCCAUAACUUAUUCUGAUAAUGGAGAUGAUGUUCGCAGACUGUUUCAAAAAGGCAUGACUAUUGUAGGGAAGGAUUAUUAUUGUCAUGUGCUAUGGGACAAAUACAUAUUGUUUGAAUUCUCCCAGCAGAAGUGGGCCCAUCUUGCCAAUGUUUAUGCUCAGGCUCUACAUUUCCCUACCCAGAAACUACACAAAUAUUACAAAAUCUUUAAGGACCUUGUAACCGCUUUGGAGGAUGAGAUUCAAUCUCUCAACAAUGGAAACCUUGAAGUGCAAGCUGACCCUUAUAAAGAUGCAUCUGCACUAUCUGACAAAGAGAUCUCUCAGGUUGUCAAUGACCUCUGGGAUCCUUCUGAUAUAUCUGUGAGGUGUAAAGCAUUACAUAGGUACAAAGUUAUUGGAGAUCAGCUGUAUGAGAAAGCAUGCCAGCUUGAUGAAAAAAUAAAAAACUUUGAGUCGAACAUUCGGAGGCAUUAUUUUGAUACAACUCCUUUGGAUAAUGAUCAACUAAACAAUUGGCAUCAGUAUCUUGACUUUAUUGAAGAGCAAAAGGAUUUUGAUUGGGCACUGAAACUUUACGAAAGAUGCUUGAUAUCAUGUGCUAACUACCCUGAAUUCUGGAUGCGCUAUGUGGAUUUCAUGGAGGCUCAAGGAGGACGAGAGUUGGCAAUGUUUGCUAUAGAGCGCGCAACAAAAGUAUAUCUUAAUAACAUUCCCGGGUUCCAUCUAUUUUCUGCAAGAUUCAUGGAACAAAUACAAGAUAUAGAUGGUGCUCGUGCCUUCUUUUCUAAUUAUGACCCACGUUGUGAUAUCUAUAUCAUUGAAAGUGUUGUAAAACAAGCAAAUAUGGAAUGGCGACUGGGAAACCAAGAAGCCGCUUGUGAGAUUUAUGAGAAAGCACUAAGAUGGGCAACUUCAGAUAAGGAGAGAAAGUUUUUUCUUCCAAAGCUAUGCAUCCAUUAUUAUCAUCUUAAAUGUGUGAUGACAGGCGGUACAUAUGCUUCUAGAGAUGUAUUAAUAAAGGGAAUAAAACAAGUACCAGAUUGCAGACUUCUUUAUGAGGAACUGAUCAGGUUUGCAAUGGUGCAUGAUGGAGCUAAACAACUGAGGUUUAUAGAGACAGUUAUAACCACAGCAAUCUCUUCUUCAUCAGAUGAAUUAGAAGGAUUAGAUAUAAAAGAUAGAGAGUAUAUAUCAACUUUAUUUUUGGAGUUUGUUGAUCUUUGUGGAACGGUGCACGAUGUAAGGAAGGCAUGGAAUCUUCACAUCAAAUUGUUUCCCCAGUUCAUAAGGGUCAAUCCAUUAUAUAAGCGCUCCACAUUAAAAGAACGACAAAGCAAUGACUGUAUCCUGCUCAAUCUGCAAUCUGAAAAUCAAAGUUCUGGUCAUGUAAUCCUGCCACAGGUACAGGAGAUGUUAAAUUUGCCUCCAUUGGUAGAUGAUAGACAGCCUAGCAGUGUCCCUGCUGAGCGAAUUUCAACUCUGAAUGAUGAUGUGCAACCAUCUUCUAAGGUCUCUGUUGAGUUUGAAGAUGAAUCUAAAACCGAUGCAUUGAAAAGAUUAAAAUUAAUUAAUGAUUUGGAUCUAAUGGACUAUGCGGCUAACUCCACAUGUCAAUCCAAAGAAGAUGCAUCUAAACCACUUGAGCCGAUAUGUGAGUUUGAACCACUAUUAGGACCAAAUUUGCCAACAGAAACAUCUCGAGAAGAAGAUAUGUCAAUUAAUGGUUCAUGUCCAAAGGAAAUUGAGCUUCAAUGCAUUAUGGAAUCAGUUUCUUUGGAAGAACAUUCCUCAGAUUCUCAGCGUAAAGUAAAUAAAGCUCAAGUUCUUGUGGCAUCUGAUAAUGGCAAUAACAAAGAAACUCCUGCAACUGGCAGUAGCAUAUCAGCAGAAUUUCAUAAUGGUCAAGGCGGUCCUGUUGUAUCACAAAUGUUUCCUUCGUCUGUUUCUUGGACCCAAGGAAAUUUGGCAGGAUGCAUGACACAAACUUGGGAGCAGGUUGGGGGUCCCACAAACCAGGAUCAAGCGUUUAAUCAGAUGUGGCAAUAUCAUUAUCAGCAACAAUAUCAACAGUUUCUGCAAAUGCAGCAGUCCUACCCCCAUCUCCAACUGCAACAACAAUAUACACACCAAACCUAUCAGCAUCAACUGAUGCCAUAUUUACAACAAAUGCCACAACAUUUUCAACAGCAAUAUCAGCAGAUGGUGCAACCAGUGCAGCCGUACGGGCAAGUACAAGAUCAGCAACUGCAGGCCUAUAAUCAGUAUUCAGCACUUGCCUACCAAUACCAAAUGAAUCCACAAGGAUAUCAGCAACUCUUGAAGCUAUACCAACAGGAUCAACAAGCAUUACAUGCCGUGCAGCAAGAACAAGGAGGAUAUCCCCAGGCUCAGCAACAUCAAGAACAGGAGCAGCUAGAUCAGUCCGAACAAGUUAUGGCACAGUCGAAGGCAACAGCUACAGAUGGGUCUUGACGUCUUGCAUCUGCACAUGAUAACAUGUAACUUCAUGGAAUCUUUCCUUUAUGUGCAGUUCAGUCACAUCAUAAUCAUACUUUGUAUUUUAUACGUAAUGUUCUUCUCAUAAAAAAUAAGAAUGAAUAGUAUACCUUCAAAUUGAUGCAAUGAGAGUUCAGAUCUAUGAAAAUUAAUGAGCAUUUAAUGCAGUCCACCUUUAUUUUGUGCAGUGUACCUAAUAUAUAUGAGCCUUUAUAUUCCCAAAGUGAAUGCAC